AUGCACGGAACAGAAUCUGGGCAUUUCUCCUCUUUUAUUUCUUCACCAAUUGAGGAUUACAAAAAUAUAACUAACGAUAAUGAUUCAGAAGAUGAUUGUUCUGUUGAUAUUUUUCCAGAUAGAAGAUGUUUAAUUUCUCUUGUUUGUAAUGUAUUAAUUGCCUGUGUUUUAUUACGCCCUCGAAAUUCACAUUUUUUCUUCCUUGGGCUUUUAGCUGUUUCUGAUGCUUUUUUAUCAACUUGUUAUGGACCUGUUAUUGCUAUGGAUAUAAUUAAAAAUCGGGUACAAUUACUUUGGCUAACACGACUUUGGUGGAGUUAUGUUGGCCCCCUUUUGGCUCUUUGCCAUGUUUCUAUGACAUUUUCUUGUUUUAUGAUUAUUCUUGGAACAAUUGAACGUUUUUUAAUUACAUUAAAAUCAUCUUUGCUUACUUGUUUUCGUACCAAUCGUGGUCCUUUAGCUUUAGGAAUGUUCUUAUUAGCUUUAUUACUUAGAGGAACAGCUAUUUUUGAAGUUGAAAUUGUUGCCAAUGGAAAUUGUACGGGUUUAAGUGAAUUCGAACCAAGCCUUACAACGUUAACUAAAAGCUGGUUUUAUGGAACAGUUUUUAGAUUUUAUGUCAGAACUAUUGCUACAGUUUUUGUGCCUUUCUUUUUACUUGCUUAUUUAAAUGCUAGAAUUGUUUUAAUAUUACGACGUCAAAAACGUUCGGCUGCAAUGUUUCGAUUUGGCAGUGCUUAUGACCAUAAACUUCGUGUUCGUUCAGCAACUCGUUUAUUACUCUUGAUUGUUUGUUCUUAUUUAUUGGCAAAUUUUCCAAAUGUGGCUAUUACUGCCUGGGAAUAUUUAGAUUUAGAUUCAACACAAAGUGAAAACUUUUAUAGUAUAAUAUCAAUGUUAUAUGUUCUAAGUUGUGCCUCUCGUCUUUUAAUUUAUUUAAGUUGUAAUGAAGAAAUUAGAAGUGCAUUUUAUGAUUUUCUUUGUGCAAAUUGGAUGUGUAAAAGAAGAAGAGAAAAUGGAAUUGAAUAUGAAUUUGAUGAAAAAAUUGCUUUACAAAGACACGGAUCUACACAAUAUACUCCUGUAAGGCAAUGUUCUUACAGGUCAUUCAGAGGAGAUUGGUCUAUUGGCGAUUUUCCACCUAUAGGGACAGAUUUUGACCGAGUAGUUGUUGCUAUGGCACUUUCUAGAGUUUCGUCAUUAACAAGUAAUAAACAAAAAAAUGAGGGAUUAAAAAUUACUAAUGGAGAAGUUAAUGAAAAAGAGCAAAGACAAUUAGUUAAUACAAAUGGAUUAAAACGACAUCAUUCAUCGAGAAGGCGAAUUUCUUCAAGAAGAGGAAGAAAUGAAGAACGUGAAAGAAUUGGAGCCGAAUGGCUAGAAAUGCAAGAAAAGGAGAAAAACGAAGAAAUUAUGGUUGCAUUUUGUUAUUGGGAUGGGUCUUCACAUCGUAGGGAUUUUAAAACAAAGAAGGGAACGACAAUUGCACAAUUUUUACAAAAAGCUUUGGAUUUAUUUCGGAAAGAAUUUUUGGAAUUGAAAUUGGCAACUGUAGAGAAUUUGAUGUUCAUUAAAGAAGAUUUAAUUAUUCCUCAUUUCUAUACAUUUCAAGAUUUUAUUAAAACUCGGCAAAUGGGAAAAACUGGUCCUUUGUGGCAAUUUGAAUCUGUUGGUGAAAUACGAGUUAGACAAGAUGCUGCUCUUGAUGUUGGAGAAAGCCAUCCAGUUAAGGUUGUUCUACGUUCGUGGUACGAAAAAAAUAAACAUAUUUACCCGGCAUCUCGUUGGGAGCCUUUUGUGCCAGGAAAAGCGAAUUUUGAAGACACUCGUUGUCGAUGUACAUGUCCAAGUACUGAAUAUUUUGCUCCAAAAGGCACAAAUCACUCACAACAUUAUAGACGUUAUUAUACAAAAACUAAUUUGGAGUCGUCAAAUUGCAAUGCACAAACUGUCGUUAAAAAAGAUGUUCAAUCAAUUGUGGAGGGGACAAGACUUGACGCUUUCUUGGCAAAUUGUAAUUGUCGAUUUGAAUCGAGAAAUUCACUUUUAUUGAAGGUUGUUGUUAUGUUCGUCAUUGCCGUUAUUUUUAUUCUUGGCUCUUACAUGCUCUAUUUGGGUGUUGUUGAGCCAAUGGUUUUUAGACAAAGGCAACCAAAUUCAACAGCUUUUAUACCUUACAGUCGCCAUACAGAUGUUGAUAGAGAGGACGUUGGUGAUUUGAACACAUUUUGGUUCCUUCAAGAUUCGGAUGAAGCCUCGGUGGUUGCAUCCGAUGUCAUGGAUGAUCAAUCCAUUAUUGAUGACCAUAUAUUUUCGAGUACAACAGAAGGAAUACCAUCAUCAAAUGAAUUCUCAGCUAUUUCUUUAGAAGAUCGACAACAAACGCGUUCUCGCCAUUCAACUAAUGCUACAACUGCUAAUAGUACAGUUAAAGCUUCAUUGCAUGACAAAGUUAUUGAAAAGGUAACAGCUGAGCAAAAUAAGUGGAAAGUGGAUGUAGAGGAACAACGUCGUAAUGUAUUAGGUGAACAUAGUGUGUUAAAUUAA